GGGAGGGGGUGGGGAGAAGAAGAGCUCGGGAGGAGUCGCUGCCGCCGCCCGGACACCGAGCGGAUCCGGAUCCCUGCGCCGCUGCCGCCGUCGUCAGCGGGGCCUGCUCAGCCGCGGUCGGAGUCCCGGCUCCCCGGGGGAGGCCGCGGGGGGAGGGGCGGUCCGGGAGCCGACGCGGGGAGGCGGCACCAUGACCGGGCGCGGCCACAACAAGCUGCCCACGACCGAGCGCAUCGUGAAGGCUGUCCCAUUUCCUCCCACGCAGCGGCUCACACUGAAAGAAGUGUUUGAGGAUGGAAAGCCCAGGCUUGAUGUCUUGAAAAGCCACUUGGUGAAGGAAGGGCGGCUAGAAGAGGAUGCAGCAUUGAAGAUAAUCAAUGAUGGGGCUGCCAUUCUGAGGCAUGAGAAGACAAUGAUUGAAGUAGAGGCUCCAAUCACAGUGUGUGGUGACAUUCAUGGGCAGUUCUUUGACCUGAUGAAGUUGUUUGAAGUUGGAGGAUCACCCAAUAACACCCGCUACCUCUUCCUGGGAGACUACGUGGACAGAGGCUACUUCAGUAUAGAGUGUGUGCUGUAUUUAUGGAGUUUAAAGAUAAAUCAUCCCAAAACGCUGUUCCUGCUUCGAGGGAACCGAUGCAGGCACCUCACAGAAUACUUCACCUUUAAACAGGAAUGUCGAAUCAAAUAUUCGGAGCGAGUAUAUGAUGCAUGUAUGGAUACAUUUGACUGUCUUCCUCUUGCCGCCCUCCUAAACCAGCAGUUCCUGUGCGUCCAUGGAGGACUGUCUCCAGAAAUCACAUGUCUAGAUGACAUUAGGAAAUUAGACAGGUUUAAAGAGCCUCCAGCCUUUGGUCCGAUGUGUGACCUACUCUGGUCUGAUCCAUCAGAGGAUUACGGCAAUGAGAAGACGCUAGAGCAUUUCACUCACAACACUGUUCGAGGCUGUUCCUAUUUCUACAGUUACCCUGCAGUCUGUGAAUUUUUGCAAAACAAUAGUUUGUUAUCUGUAAUCCGAGCUCAUGAAGCCCAGGAUGCUGGGUACCGAAUGUACAGGAAGAGCCAGACGACGGGCUUUCCAUCGCUAAUCACGAUCUUCUCUGCACCAAAUUACCUAGAUGUGUAUAACAACAAGGCUGCUGUGCUGAAAUAUGAAAACAAUGUCAUGAACAUCAGACAGUUCAACUGUUCUCCACACCCCUACUGGCUUCCAAACUUCAUGGAUGUCUUCACAUGGUCUUUACCUUUUGUAGGGGAAAAAGUCACAGAGAUGCUCGUCAACAUCCUCAACAUAUGCUCUGAUGAUGAGUUGAUUUCAGAUGGUGAUGAAACUUUGGAAGAUCACUACAUUUCAAGCUAUCAGAAAGCAGGCACGACAGUCCGUAAGGAGAUAAUCAGGAAUAAGAUCAGAGCCAUUGGGAAGAUGGCACGUGUUUUUUCAGUUCUCCGAGAGGAGAGUGAGAGCGUGCUGACUCUCAAAGGCCUGACUCCCACAGGUACUCUGCCCCUGGGAGUCCUCUCAGGGGGAAAGCAGACUCUACAGACUGCCACAGUAGAAGCAGUAGAGGCACGGGAAGCCAUCCGUGGAUUUUCACCGCAGCACAAGAUCCGCAGCUUCGAAGAAGCCAGAGGGUUGGACCGCAUUAACGAACGCAUGCCGCCGCGCAAAGAUUCAAUGCACCCAGACGGGCCGGUGAACUUGGUAACCUCGACAAACUCUGCGGAGAAGAACGGCACAGGGAAGAAAGCUUAGUAAUGGUUCUGAUGCCUAAUCUGCACCACUAAAGGAUCCAAAACUUAAUGAAUUUUAUUUAUUUAUUAUUGGGGUGGGAUAGGGAUGGGGAGAAAUAAAGUUAAUCUGGAGGCACGUUCAUAAUCCAGUUUGCAUCCAUUCUGUAAGAAAGGUGACCAUUUUGUAAUUUUUUAAUUUAUGUUCAGUAUAUAAAAAGUCCAUCUUUUUUUUUAAUUUAGAAACCAAUCUAAUUGCUAGUGAAUAUAUGAAGUGUUGUGCUGUACAGCUGACCUCUCCCCCACAGAAGGGAAACCUCUGAGGAUUUAAAAAAAAAAAAAAAAAAAAAGCCUCAGAGUCCCAAGCAACUUCAGUCUUGACUUUGGUACAGUUUUUUAAAUUAGCCUGUGCUUUCAAAAGCAGCAUCUUUAAUUUUAAAACAUGUUUUCACAACUGUCUUCACGGAGUUUGCUGUUAUUUUCUUCAACUUCUAUUGUCUAGCUCAUCCGCUGCUUUAGCGAUUGAUUUUGUGGAAGAUGGCAUGCUGCAUGGUGCGACUGGCUCAGACCCAGCCUUCUCUUUUUGGAAGACUUUAUUCUAGGUGGUGAUAAAGUGGAUAGUUCUGAUUCCAGCUGGGGUGUUGGAUUAUCUCUUGGGGAUAAGGGUGUGAAUUUUCCAAUACUAGCAUAUUUUUCUUCAGGAUUCCAAUUUAUUCCAAUAGAACAAAAAACCUCUUAGAAUGACCUGGAAGGUGAGCAUGGGAAAGCAUCCCCUCUAGUCACCAUUCUUUCUAAAGCUUCUGGUUUUCAGACUCUGAAGCAAACCAUUUGCAUUGUUCCAUCAGUACAGACAACACUUCAAGUGCAUCUAAACGUUCUUUACAGAACACUGUGCAUUUUGAUUUGUAGUCCAUUGAAACAGGAGUAGGUCAGUGCACACUAGGGAACAUUUAGUGCGCAAUAGCAAUGUCCAUGUAGCCAAUUAGUGCACUAGGAUUUACACUCUAGCUUGCCACACAAUAACUGUCUUGAGAAGCCCUUGGUGUUGGUGUUGCCACAGGCAGUAGCAGCUGGAACGAAUCAACACCCCCCCCCCCCCAACAUAAGGGAUUAGGCG